AUGCAUGUCUGGAAAUACCAGGCUAAAUUGGAGCAACUUUACGAUCUUGGAGAUUUCAGCAAGUCAGUCGACGGCGUCUACUUUAAUGGUAUGUCAGAAGACGGUGAAGCAUUCGUGUGCGGAUUAGCGAGGAGACCAAAUAGAAUUUGUGAUGCAUUUAUUUAUUUGAAGGUUAAAGACGAGGACCUUCUAUUAACACCCUCUCUUCCUGACACGUGUUUAAAAAAAUCAUCUGAAGAUGGAGAGGGUCACAAUGUACAAGGCAUCAGUAUCAAAAACUUUAUUCCUAUGAGAACAUGGAAUAUAUCAUACAACGGUGAAAUGAAGACGAAAUCUAACACUAAAAUGCAUGUCAACGCUGAGUUGGUUUGGAGCGCGCUAUGGUCUCCUUAUGAAUACGACACUCAAAUGUCGGCUAGUUGUAUGGCCGAGGAUAUAUCGCGGGAACCAUGGUCGAGGGACUACUUCAAGUUACUUAAAAAGUUGCAUCAGACGCAUUACGAACAAAUGGGUUACAUUUCAGGAAAUGUAAAAAUUAAUGAAAAGACUUAUAAUAUCAACAUGCCGUGUGUCAGAGAUCGUACUUUUGGUCAAUUGAGGGAGUGGCGUAAUUUCCACCGUUAUGUCUACCAUUUUAUAUUUUUACAAAAUGGCGACUUCAUAGCAGUGGGCACGGUAUCUCAGCCUUCAGUUUUAUCUCAUCUCACUAUUGGCUACGUCUGUAAAAAGGAAAAUCAAACCGUAAUAGCUAUUAGCGGCUCAGAUUUCAAGUUGUAUCAACACGGAGAAAACCAAAUAAUGCCUCGUGAUUAUGGCUUCAUAUUCCAAGCUGGUGGCGAAUGCUACGCGGUGAGAGUGGAAGUAACGAAUGAAGAAUCAUUCUAUAUAGGAAAAGACAGAGAGGCAAAGUUUUACGAAAGAUGGAGUAAAGUUCAAGUUAAUGACGUGAAAGGCUGGGCUUGUGUCGAGUGGCAUUAUAAUAAUACAGUACAAAAAUAA